UGGAAUUAAAAUGUAAAUAUGUGUGGCAGGUAUGUGGAUAUGACAGCAGCCUACACAAUAAACACAGUGUGCUACAGAUUACAUCAUUUAUCAUUUCCAUUUUCUGCUACUUUAUACUUUAAAACCGCCACAUCCGAGAGGGGAACAUUAUACGUAUUAUUCCACCAGUUGUUUACUAACUUAAAUUAGUAGCUACUUUAUGGAUUGAAAAUCAUUAUUACAUAAUUCAAUCAAUAAAUGAUUAUGAGGUUAUAUUAUAUAGGUUAUAUGAGGGAACAUUCACGAGUCAGUAAAAUUAGCCUCAGCUGCAUUUAGAUUCAAGAGUGAAGAUGUUUACUGUCACUCCGGUUGUGAGAAUAAACGAUGUUCCACUGACAGCUGGAUUAUUGUGUUAUUCAUUUAGGAGUCAAAUAACUUUUAAACUGAAGUGAUGUUCACAUUAAUACAACCAGCAAUAACAAUAAGCUACUAAUAUAAUAGUUUUCUAAAUUUGACAGAAUAUUUCUACAGUCACAAUAAACAGUGAAGUUUCUCUUCACCACAGUCAGAAUAUGUUUGUAUCUGUGUUGAUGAGAAGCAGCAGGACUCUCCUGUGUUUCUGUGUUUGUCUCCCUCUGGCGGCGGCUUCAGGUUCAGCAGCUUCACUCACCUGCCCUCACCUGCCCUCACCUGCUCUCCAGGUUUCCUCCUCAUGGUGCAGUAGUGAUAGACGUGUAUUAAAGGAGCAGGACACCUACAUGUUUGCAGUUGAAGGUGUUGGCUCCAGCUGCAGGUCAGGGGGGAUGUGAGAGGAGCAGCUGCAGUGUCAGACACACUGACAGGUGAGCCUAGCUGUCAGCACACCUGAGGCUGUUACGUCACCAGGUGGCUGCUGGGCUCUGAGCCCUCCCUCCUGCCGCCGCUCUCAGCUCAGUAUUUGCAUACUGAGCAGCAGGGCGGGUCUCUGCUCCUCCCAUCAACGACUCCCAUAACCAGACUUUCCUCUCCAGUUCGUCCUGCAGAGGAGGAAGUUGAUCAGGGGCGGUUCUGCUCGCCGCUGCGCACAAACUCUCAGGAAAUCUACCUGCGCCUUCAGAAAACCUCCCGCGGUCGUGUUGGGUUUCUCUCUCGGUUCGUUGGAGGGUCUCAGCUGAUCCACACGUCAACAUGUCGGUCCAUACGAGCCAGAAGACGUCGACGACCUACCGGACCGUCAAAGUGGCGUCUCCGGAGCCGGUGACCAGCACGGUGUUCUCCGCCAGGACGGUGUCCCCGCUGCCGUCCCCGCUGCCGACCGCGGUGCAGUCCACAGUCCAGUCCACGGUGCCGUACGCGGUGAACGGCUACGAGACGGUGCGGUACCUGGUCCCGGUGCAGCAGGCCGUCCAGCAGCAGUCCUACUAUGUCAUGCAGCAGCCGAUGAUCCAGCAGCCGAUGAUGCAGCAGCCCAUGAUGCAGCAGCCCAUGAUGCAGCAGGUGGUGUCCCCGGUGUACCUGCAGAGUGUCCAGGGUCUGCAGCGCCUGAGCGUCAGCAGCCAGGAGUCCGACCUCAUGUACCAGCAGCACAGCAUGAUGGAGUCUCAGAGCGGUCAGUCUCUGUCUUCGGUCUUCAGCCAGUCGUCCAGUCCCGUCAAAAGCCCCGCGCCGAGUGCUGAGGAGGAGGAGGAAGAGAUGGAGGAGCAGGAAGAGGAGGAGGAAACGGUGGAGGUGGAGGAGGUGGAGAUCAUCAACGUCAUCCAGCAGAAGCCGAUCGAGAAGAUCUCCAGGACGGAGGUGAGGACGGAGGUGAGGGACGUCCCGCAGCCGACCAAGAUGGACACGCGUUACUUCGGCGAGCUGCUGGCCGACGUCUACAGGAAGAACUGCGACAUCCACUCCUGCAUCUCCGAGCACGUGUCCAAGAUCCGCGGAAAGAAACACCAGCUGGAUCCGAGCAACGACUACAAGGUGGAGAGAGAGGAGGUGGAGGCUCUGCUUCCUAAAGGAGCCACUGAACUGACCAAACAACAGAUCCGCUACCUGCUGCAGACUCGCCUCACUGCAGAUAAGAGCAUGCGUCUGCUGCUGUCCACCUUCAGCAGCCUGAGAGAGGAGCUGCUCCACAUGUCUGAGGACCUGAGGCGUCUGGAGGCUGAGAAGGAAGCGCUGGAGAGAGAUCUGAGUUUCAAAGCUGACCAGGCGAACCAGUACGACUGUCUGCUGGAGGCCGUCAGAGAAAACAACAGACAGCUGCAGCUGUCUCUGAAGGAAACCAGCACGGCCCAGCGCUCUCUGGAGAGUCAGCUGAUGAGCACCAGAAACACCGACUCAAGUCGCGAGUUCAAGCUCAAAGAGUUGGAGGGAAGGAUGAGAGUGCUGGAGAAGGAGAACGACAUGCUGCGACAGAAGCUGGCGGGCCAGGCCAACAGCUCCAGCCUGCAGAUCAAGACGGAGGAGCUGUCCCGUCAGUACCAGGACCAGCUCAGCUCCAUGAGGAAAGAGAAAGACCUGGAGAUUCAGAGGCUGCGGACCCAGAUAACGACGAUGCAGACGGAGGUCACCACCACCAAGUCGUCGUCAGAGAAAAGUCUCCAGCUCAAGAUCUCCGAGCUGCUCUCCAUGUUGGAGCAGCGACAGACCACCAUCACCCGGCAGGAGGAGGAGAUCAGGCGGCUGCUGCAGGAGAGGAACGACAGCUCCAAGAACGUCACCAAGACCAUCAUCACUAAACGGUACAGGAACCAGUACCCUAUCCUCGGCCUGCUGAGCGACGACUACCAGUGCACCUCGCCUGUCAAAGAAGCCAAGACCAUCGUCAUCGAGAGAACCGGGGAGAUGAUCAAACAGGAAAUCAUUACAAGCCCUUAAAGACACACUGCUUCUCUCCGACAGGAAUGACUGAAUGACAAGAAGAGCCAGACGUCAUCCCCCCUCUCCCCCCUGCUUGCAUGUCCCUCCCCUCCCUCCUCCCCCUCAGGGCUCCCCGGGUUGGUGGUGGUUCAGAUCCCCCCUCUCCCUCCCUAAAUUUGGGAUGAUUGGUUCAAAUUCUGUCUUUGAACAAAUUGAGCUUGUUUGGGGUUUUAUUUUGGCUUUUUAUGAAACAAAUAAUCACAAACCAGAUCUGUUGAGAGUGCUGCAGCCUCUUGGCUGUGCAGUGGAUUAAGGCAGCUGUGUCCAAGCUAUCAUGACAACUGGGAACUGGGCCGGACUGACGCCGAGCGCAGGACAGGGUUCAGAGCUGAGACGGUCCGAACACCAGUCUCACCUUCAGAACUGAAUCCUGCUCGAUUAACUUAAAGUUCAUGGUUGGAAAAAUCUCACUAAAUCUCACAAAGAAUCAAGAAACACAUCGUCUGUGUGCCGUUCUCGCCUGUGAUUGGCUUAACGUCACCUGAGAAAUCAUGAAAUAAAAGUGUAAUCUACUCUAACACUCACUUGUAAAUUCAACACUUACUCUCAGUCUGACUCGUUCAUGAACACUGAACAGGCUCACAGCGCACUCUGCUGUACAGACGGGACGUCAUGAUACAUUGCAUUUCUGUCAUAUACUGCAAACCAGUCACCUGUGAUAUCAACCUGAGUGUUACAACACACAACUGGCUGAACAUGUGGAAAGUCUCUGACCAGGAGAAGAUUUCCACUUUAAAGUUAAAGACCCUGUCAGUAUCACAGGCGGCUGCGUUGUGAUAUAUUGCUGUAUCAGUUCUCUGUCCCGUCUCUACCUGGCAGGUGUGCAGAUAAACGGUCAGGUGGAUCGAGCUCCACGUGACGUCGUCUUCCCUCAAAUCAGACGCAUGAAUCUCCGAGGAGACAAAGUGAAGCUGAUUCAGAUCCAAACUGCAAACUUAGUCUGAGUGUUUAAGACACACCACCAGUUUUCAGAGGCAGUUUUCUUCUCUGUGCUGAAGUUUCAGUGAGAGUAUCAAACAGUUCGUAAUGAGUUGAUGUGGCGCGGUGCUGCAGCUGGAAGUGUAGGAGUGUCAUGAUUUGACUUUCAAUUUAAAGAAAUGAUUUGAUGAUUUGAUUGUGUGUUCAUGUAGCGUCAGAAUAAUCAGCAAGAAGUUGUUCUGACAGGUGAAAUUCACAUGAUGCAUUCUAAAGUUGUAGGAAAUUACAGUACAUGAGAUGUCGAGGUGGUGGAUGACAGGAAACAUUGACUUGAUGAUAAUUUGCAUAUUUCUGAAAUAUUUUUCACGGCUCACGUUUCAUCGUCACACAAAUACUUGAAACAGCUGUGAGCAUGUUUUUUAAAUGUCGCUCACACAUUCUGAAGUGAACGACUUCUCAGAAAGUGCCUGAACGCAGCAUUAGGGUUAAAUUUAAUAUUAAAGUUGAAAUAAUUUAUUCAGAAUGUAGAGACGAUAUUUCACCAGUAAAUCUGGAAGAGUUAAAAACAGAAAGUGACCAGAUGAAUCAGAGUCGUACGGUGACGCUGACUCCAUCCCACGAAUCAUUACACAAGUUAAAGAUGACGGAUGUGAGCAGCUCAUCAGCAGAUGUUAGUUAUUAUCUGAUCAACGUUGUGGUCAGAGGACAGUCGAGAGUCACUGCAGGGAAGACGACGAGCUCACGUGGAACCGAACGCCUCUGAAGUUAUCACAGAGCGCCGCCUCAGCUUCCAGUUGUCACGUGUAGACGAACCUGGUGCCAUCGAACAUUUAACCUCCAGAGAGCCACCACAGCCAGCGUAGCCCCGGGGACGAGGACGUGGAUUCUGAUCGCUACUCUGCAUGUAAAUACGUAUAAAUAUAAAUCCAUAUUUGUAAUCUGGGCAUGCUCAGUGAAUGUGUGACCGUCCUGUGACACAGUUCAGACGAACAUUUGAAAAAUGUUCUAAAGGGGAGUUUUUUUUGUCUUGCUUUGCUUUUGUUUUGGUAGAUUUUAUGUGUUAUGGUCUUUUAUUUUGUUAGUCUCAGAGGUGCACGGGGACUUCCUGUUCACAUGUUUGUACUGGACCGUGGGAUGUCUCACAUCCAUGAGAGGAACUUGAGUCUCACUCUGGGUGUGAUGCAUUGUGGGUGUGAUGCAUUGUGGGUGGGCGGGUGGGGUUGAGGGUGGAUGUCUGGAUGUUUGGACCUGGAGCAUGAUGUUGUGGGUUUUAUGAUGGUGGAAGAGAUUUUAAAGCACGAUGAUAAUAAUAAUAAUUAAUAAUAACAUGGAAACAGUUUCUUGAGUUUUCUCUGUUCAAGUGUUUUAUUUUAAAGCUUCAUGUCGACGGCUUCGUGUCCGCUGGGUGCUCGUCUCUAACGACCUGCAGGCUGAUGAAUGUUCAGAGUAGAAAGUUUCCAGCUGCCUCUUUAUUUAUUGUUGCUCUCUGACACUUUCACCUUCCUGAGUUAUCACAGAUAUUGUAGUACAGAUGUUGAGUCAGCUGGAUAUAAACUCACACAACGUUUUUAAACUUCAAACAGAUUUCUUUCCUUGUUUUAAAACUCUGCAGCUCCGACAUGAAUCCCUCCUGCAGACCAAGAGACGGAUGUGUAUGCACAAAAACACAUGCGAGCUGAUCUUUCUAACUGGAGAGUGUGAAUGUUUCCGACAUGUUGGUUUCUGAGAGAAAACUGCAGGUGAAAUGAUUCGGAGGACGGAACUUUAGUUUGUUGAGGAUGUCGAUGGUAGUUAAAGUUCAGCAAUCAGUAAAAUAACUCAGUGGUGCGUUUGUUAUCUUAAUUUUAAAUUAUUUAUGAGUGAUGAAUUUCAUCAUCCUGUUAAUGAUAUUUGUAUUUGAUCCUGAACUGUGACCCAGUCUGUAAAGAGUUUCAGCUCCGUAGACGAGUCACUGAUCAGCUUUCAGAUUAUUGAGCUCUCACAGCGACGAUGUGUUCUCUACAUCCACAGCAGUUUGUAACGACAGCAGCUGAUCUGUACGCUUCUCAUUUUCAGGUCUGAUGAAUGUUUGAGAUGUUUCAGGGAGUUUUUUUUUUUUUUGCAUCCAUUCUUGGAUAAAUGAGGGAGUGCAGAUGUUUCCACGAUGAUGAUGAUGGAGAUCUAAAAGGAAGGAUUCAUGCGCACACAGAUUAUCCAUCUGACAGCAAGAAAGCUCAUUUCUGUCUUUGUGCAUACACACUGUUUGUUUUAUCUGUGAGUUUUAUGUCUCUGGCUCUUCAUAUUAGUCAGCAUGGUGAAGACAGAGAAGUGAGACUUUUGAGAAUAUUCUAUUUUUUUAUCGCGUUGAUUUUGACAUUAAACACAUUCAUAUGAUUCAUCAAAACGUGAAAUUUCAGUUGUAUGUACACUUUGAACACCAAGCUUGACUCAUGUUCUGGGUCGUGGCUGCAGCUAAAGGAUGUAUUUGGUACAUCGAGAUUUUAUUCUGUAUCAAGUUCUGAUUCCUCUUUAACAUCCUCCGGGUCCGUCUGCAGAUUUGGACCGGCCCAUUUUAUGUGUGACGGCUCCACAAUCCUGAAGAUUUUAAAUAUUCAGUCAUGUGACCUGUUUCUGUUGUCUAAUCAUAAUUUAAAGUCAUGCUGCAAUACAUGGACACCUUUGCUAAUGCUAAUGCUAAUGCACUGCUACAUAAUCAGAGGAAGCUGCUGGAGCUCAUCGGCUCAGUGCUGCAGAGAAUCAAACAUUAUGGUGUAAACUCUGGCAGGAUUGUACUGCUGGACGAGGAGAGGAUGAGAUUAAGUUUCCUUCAUUUUACAGAGAAAUUGUUUUAAAAUGUUUGAGUGACAGUCUGAGAGAAGAGAGCAGCCCAGUGGACACGGAGCCGAGGUUCUGAUCCAAGUAGAAAUAUGUCGACUGUGACGGACCUCAAGUGCCUCAUUGUGUUAUUAGUGUGAUAGCAAGCUGGUGUUGGACCGCCAUCACUGUUCUGUUCAGCUUCAGUUCACAGCAGCUUGUUGUCAGUAAUGACCUGUGAGGAGAGCCGGUCCUGCCCGUCUUUGCCAGCAGAGAAUUAACUGUAUGCUGUAGCUGAAUUAACUGGUUGUAGUUGAUCUGCAGAUAAAGAGUCUGAAUUUGUUUUCUCGUAUGCAAACUGUUUUUCUCUGUUUUCAGCUCCGGCAGGAUUCGGGCUGCUGGCUUCAGCGCCUCGGCCCGGUCCGAUAACAAAUGUUUCCGCUGUGAUAGAUUUGAUUAAAAUCACUUCUGUGUCUUUACAAAA